AUGUCUUCUCGCGCAUUAAGAAGACUUCAAAAAGAAGAGAUUGAUCUCGCUCCAGAGACCAACAGUGAUGAAGAAGAACAAAUAAAGCCUGUCAAAAAGUUUAAUCCUUUUGAUUUGUUGGGUGGAGACGAAGACGAAGAAGAAGACGAAGAAGAAGAAGAGGAACAGGAGCCCAUGCCUGUGCCUUCCAAGAAAUCCAAAAAGAAAAAGAACAAAAAGAACCAUGAGCCCACACAUGCAACAGAAGAGAUCAGUAUGAAAGAACUAGACAAAGUAUUAAAGGAUCUCAAACUCAAUGCUGCAAAUACACCUUCACAAACACCACAUCGUGUUCAUCAUAACUUACUUGCUGUGAAUUAUCGAUACUUGGAUGCAGAAGCAGAAAUGAAGCGAUUGUUUGGCUCUCAUGUCGUCAAUAAUGAACGCACAGUACAAGGCAGAGUCCUCAAGAAAUCUAAAUUCACAACACCCAAGAGUGAUUGGCCACCUUAUAAACGUAAUGGACUCUCUAUGGAACUUGUAGAGACAAAAGACAAUGUAUCGUUUUAUGCUUUUCGACAUGGUGAACAAUACCAAGAUGUCCAACUUGAAUUCUUGAGUGCUGUGUCAACCCACAGCCCUGAAGCAUUGAUGUUCUUGAUGAGAAGACAUCCUUAUCAUGUCGAUAGUUUACUUCAAUUGUCUGAAAUUGCAAAGCAUAGUGGAGACUGGACUACAGCAGGCGAUUUGAUUGAACGGGCCUUGUAUGCUUGUGAAAGAGCACUUCAUCCUCAGUUCUCGCUUAGUUCAGGCACUGUCAGAUUGGCUUAUCAACGAUCUGAAAACCGGUCUUUCUUUUUGGCUGUCUUUCGACACAUUCAAUUCUUGACACGCCGUGGAUGCUGGAAGACUGCAUUUGAGUUCAAUAAGCUCUUGUUUAGCCUGGAUCCUGAUACAGACCCUUUAGGUGCUUUGUUGUCGCUUGACUAUCAUGCUCUUUCUUCUCGAGACUAUGAUUAUAUUCUCAAGAUGGUGUCUGAAUACAAGACAGCGGGUGAUCUUUACCCUGUGGAUCUAAAGAACAUGCCUAACUUUGCUUAUUCAGCUGCUUAUGCUCAAUUCAAAUUAGGUCAAGAAGAGAGCAGCAAGACGUUACAAGAAGCCAUUCACAAGUUCCCUUUUGUCUACUGUCGCUUAUUAGAGAAAUUAGGUGAGCCCAGUCAACCCUUGACGAUGGUGCCCAAUCCUUAUAUGGACAUGAUUCAAUUGGCUUAUGUGGAACGUACAUAUGAUAUGUGGAAAGAACCUGAAGUACUUGGCUGGCUUAAGGCCAACAGGGUUGUCGAUGUACAACCCCAUCGAGUCCAACUCAAAUUGAUGUGUCAACAAAAGGACACUAUGCCACUCAGUAUGUCUCGUUAUAUUGUCUUGAUGGAUCAACAGUCUUUGAUGGGUUAUUUGCCUUCCAGUGUCACUUCACAAAGCUAUCAGAUGUAUGACCCUCUUCCACCUUCAGACAGUACCACACAGUAUGAUUUAGAUGAUCGUAUGCGAACUAAUCCUAUGAUGGGUGGUUUACCUACAGAUGCAGGAGGAUUGAUGGCCAUGCUAAGAAACUUAUUGGGUCAACAUAGAAUGCCUGCUGCUGAUCAGGAACAUAUUCGACAAGUCAUGACUGAACUAGAGCAAUUAAGAGAACAAAGAGCAGAUCAAGCACCUGGUGCAUUUCCUACGGAUGAUGAAGAGAUGUAA